AAUCGUACUUGGAUUUCAGAUCAAUUCUGGACAAAUAUUAAUUGGCAAACGUCUAUUAGAAAACAAGUGCUAAAUGGUAAUUUUUUAGACCAUGACUCAAUUUGUGUCGACCAUGGCGGCUCCCAAAGUUCUGGUACCACGGCUGCAACAUAUAAAAUCACUAUUGGCUAUGCAAUGAACUCACUUUAUCAUGGAAUCAAAGAUACUUAUCAUUACAUUUCUAUACCAAACUUUUAG